AUGAAUCGUUUAUUCCUUGGUAAAGAUAUUACAUUUUAUUCUCAUUCUACUUUUAAUUCAUUGCAUUGUACUUUAUAUCCUCUAUUUGAUCAAUAUCUAUCAAGUGCUUCCUUUAUAUCAAUUGACUCUGAGUUCUCUGGCCUAGCAUCUCAAAGAAUACUUAGAAUAUCAAACAUUCAAGAUAGAUAUCAUUUCCUUUCAAAAGAGAUAAAGUCUAGAUCACUAUUAGAAUUUGGUGUAUCUAUUUUCACAAAAGUAAAUGUAGAAAUCCAAAAAACAACCUCCUCCUCCUCUACUUGUUCAACAUCUUUGCCAAUAUCUAGUACAGAUAUUAAACCACCUCUACAAGAAAAGAAUCAUUCACCAGAAACAAUCAUCCAAAACAACAAUAAUGUUAAAAGAAAGUAUGGUGAGUUCCAAUCAGAGGGAGAAGAAGAAGAAGAUAUAGGAUCAUUGGUUGUAGAAGAAAAUAAUGCUCCCAAUUCAAUAGAUACCAAUGGAGCAGCUGAUACUAAAAAAGAAGAACAAGGAAAACUACCAACUACAAAAUCAUUGGUAAACGAAUACAAUGUAGUCAUGUUUACCUUUUUAAUGCUAAACACACAAGAUUUUACAAUCUCUCCACGUAGCUUAUCGUUUCUUGCUCAACAUGGACUCGAUUUUAAUAGACUCUUUUUGGAUGGCAUUCAAUUUACCCCAUUUUCUUCAAAGAUGACAACUGCUCCUGCUGUUGCUGUCAAUACCUCCCCAAACAAUAAUAACAAAAAAAAACAAAACAAAAAUACCAACAACAACAACAACAACAACAAUAUAAAACCAAAUAAUAAUCAUAUUGAAAACACAAUGACAGAUCAACAAAAUAAGAUUAUUUCCUCGCUCACAAAGUAUAGUCCAACAUUGGUUGUUCAUAAUGGAUUAUUCGACCUUUUGUUUAUAUACCAAAGUUUUAUUGGAGAUUUACCCGAACAACUUGCUAGUUUUAUCUCUCAAUUUUUGAUAACCUUUCCAAAGAUUGAAAGAAUAAACUAUAAAAGACUAAAAGAUACCCAAAGCUUUGUCAAGUGUGUAAAGGUUGAAAUUAACAACAACAACAACAACAACAACAGUGUGUCACCAAGUUCUCAUAGUUUAAAUCAAUUAUCAUUUUCAUACUCAAAACCAUAUGUUGGAACCCCAAUUUGUGAAAAUUAUAGUAAUCAUGGAUUUUGUAAAUAUGGUGACUCUUGUUCCAUGUCACAUAACGUCAAUUUAAUAUUAGAUCAAGAGGAAAGCAAAACAAAUAAUGUAAAAAAGAUGAAGCAUCAACACACAAUUGAUAAUCAAGAAGAAAAGGAACAACAAGAUGAAAACACAGCAGAAGAAAUCAUUGACUCUAAGAACAGUCAUUGUGCAGGUGACGACAGUGCCAUGACAGGCUUUAUUUUUUGUUAUUACCUUUUAUUUUAUAACAAUGAACAUUCAAAACACAAACUAUCAGAGAUUGAGAAUAAAGUUUACAUUAGCGGUAAACAAAUUCCACUUGUCAUGAAGAAAUCAAACUAUGCAUAG